UACAGAAGAGAUGAAAUGUGGUCUGAGGGACGAUAUGACUAUGAAAGACUUCCAAGAGAAUGAGUACCUCCACGAAGUCAUCCCAGUGAUGGCUAUUAUAGAGUAGUUAAUAUUGUGCCAAAGAAACCACCACUGCUAAACAGACCUGGUGAAGGAAACUACAGUAGAUAUUACAGUCAUGUUGAUUACCAAGAAUAUGACGAGGGCCACAGUUUUUCUCAUGAUCGAAGAAGUGGUCCACCUCACAGAGGAGAUGAAUCUGGCUAUAGGUGGACAAGAGAUGAUCAUUCUGCAAGUCGACAGCCUGAGUACAGGGACAUGAGAGAUGGCUUUAGAAGAAAAAGUCUCUAUUCUUCCCAUUACACAAGAGACCGGUCUCCUCAUAAAAGAGACACUCCUUUUAUCAGAGAAUCACCUGUAGGUCGAAAGGAUUCUCCACACAGCAGGUCUGGAUCCAGUGUCAGUAGUAGAAGCUACUCUCCAGAAAGAAGCAAAACGUACUCUAUCCAUCAAUCUCAACAUAGAAAGUCCAUCCGUGCUGGUGCCUCCUACAAAUGGCAGAGUGAAGAAAAUCCAGAAAGAGGUAAAGAGAGACCUGUUCAGUCUUUGAAAACAUCAAGAGACACUUCAUCCUCAAGUUCUUCAGCAGUUCCUUCAUCAAAGGUGUUAGACAAACCCAGUAGGCUUACUGAAAAGGAACUUGCUGAGGCUGCAAGCAAGUGGGCUGCUGAGAAGCUAGAGAAGGCAGAUGAGAGUAACUUACCUGAAAUUGAGUAUGAGGCAGGAUCCACAGCACCAUUGUUUAUUGACCAGCCAGAGGAGCCUGAGUCAAAUGCAACAGAUGGCAUAGAAUUAUUUGAAGACAGUCAGCUAACCAGUCGCUCUAAAGCAAUAGCAUCAAAAACCAAAGAGAUUGAACAGGUUUACCGACAAGACUGUGAAACUUUUGGGAUGGUUGUGAAAAUGCUGAUUGAAAAAGAUCCUUCAUUAGAAAAGUCUAUACAGUUUGCAUUGAGACAGAAUUUACAUGAAAUAGGUGAGGGGUGUGUUGAAGAACUCAAGCAUUUCAUUGCAGAGUAUGACACCUCUAGUCAAGAUUUUGGAGAGCCUUUUUAGAAAAUUACUUGCUCAGGCAAAAAUGUUUCUAGGGUUUUUUUGUUUCUUGUUUUUCCUGGAUUGUGUAAAUCCUUAAUAUAUGGGUUUUUUGUGAUGAAGAGAAAUACUUUAUGAUAGUUGACCACAUUUCCAAUACCAAGUAAACAUCUAAAAUAGUCUAAGAUAUUUUAAUUAGAAUUUUUAAAAUCUACAUGUAGAGCCUCCUAAUUCAUACUUCUCUUUUUCUCCCCAAAAUUGAUGGGACAGUUAAUUUUUCAAGCUUUGAAAAAGCAGUCCUGGAGAACAGCUCAUGUUCUUUUGUUUUCUGUA